CUGGCCACAUUGCAUCGAGUCAGAGUCCGUUGUCUAUCUACUUUAGUGCAAGCGAGUCGCGUGUCUUUGGAAUGCGUCGUGUUUAUAUAGCAUUUCGCGUGAAAUACGCUUUUUGCAGGGACAUGGAAGGAAAAGAAAAGUAACGCUUUCGUAUUCGCGUCAAGGAUCAUCUAGGAAGAUCGCUACCACGUUUAUUUAUUCGUAUCUCGCACUGUUCGUCAAACAGCGAGGUUGUGUAGUGCAGCAGCAUCGUCAGACGUAACCUCCCUACUGUGGCGUUUUCAUCUCGCCAGUUUGUCGCGAGAGAAAAAAAUAGUGAGAAUUGUUCGGCCGAUUAAUCCCAAAUCUUAGCGUGUCCUUUUUUUUUAUAGUAGCUUUAGUCGAAAAUGAGCGACAAUAAGCAGGUAGGUGAAACUCCCAGUAGUGAGGUUGCUAACCGAUUUCGAAGCUGUAGGGAUCUGAGCGACAUCGUGCCGUUAUAUCCGCCGCGUGCACUUUACCUGAAACCGCUUGCCAAAGUUAAUGUGUCAGUCAGUCUGCCCCAACUGAAGACUCCAGGCAAAACAAUAUCAACAUGGGAGGUUAUGGAGAAGAUACGCACACUCAUACUGCCGGACGAGUUUGCGUCCCUGAAAGUGGCCAAAAGCACCCUGGAAUUUAUCCGACUUGAGGGCGACCUGCGGGACCGGUGCAGGUUGCAAAGAGUGCUGGCCAGAUUGGAUAUGCAGCGUCUGAAUCUGGCUGGCUUUUCCAACGUCCUCAAGGUUCGCGCAGCCGAGACGAAAGAUGACUGCCCGACUAGACACAGCUGGGAUUCUUACUUCAGGGAUGCGAGGCAUAUGAACGAGUUGAAGGCCGGCGAAAGGCCGGACACCAUCCACAUUACCGGUCUGCCGGUUAAAUGGUUCGCCGAGGACGGUGCGAACACACCGAAUGAAUCGCUUGUUACUACGAUUUUUAAGAAGUGGGGCGCAAUAAAGAGAGUUGAUGUGCCUGCAGCGGAUCUCUACAGGUCCAGGAUGCGGCUUGGAAAUAACAUCCACAAGUUCAGCUAUGAAGAUGACAUAUUUUUCGAUGUGUAUGUGCAAUAUGUCGAAUAUAUGGACUUUGUCAGAGCGAUGGACGCUUUGCGCGGUAUGAAGUUAUUAAAAAAGGAUGGCCAGAACUCAUUAACCGCUACAAUAAAGGUCGACUUUGACAAGACCAAGCACAUGAGCGAUAGUUCGGUGUCGCAUCGAGAAUUCGAGAGGAAACGUUUGAUAGCGCAAGAUAAUUUAGCAGCGGAAAAACUUCGGAAAAAGGAGGAAGCGGAAAAAAAGCGGCGGGAGGAACAAAAAAAAAAGGAAGAGGCAGAUUCGGUGGCGAAAGAAACCCGACAACGAAAGCGGGAAGAAAAACGAAAACGAAAGGUUCUUACGAUUUUUCGCAAGCAAGAGGAAGACAAGGUGUCACUGAAAAUUGCCAGAGAAGAGCAGAAGUUAAUAAAAGCUCAACGACAGUUGGAAAGCAUACGAUUGUUAGAUGAAUUGUUUGACAGAAUUAAAACAAAAGUAGAAAAAAAAGAAAUUAAAGUGGACCAAAACACGGAUACGAAGAAAGACGAAAAGAAGAAUGAUCAAGCAAACGAAAAUAGUAAAUUAGAUUCAGAAAAUGAUAAAAAAAAUAAAAAGGAGAAGCAAUUGAAGAAGAAAAAAUUGAAGAAGGAGAAAAAGAAAAAGAAAAAGCGGAAGAAAACACAGAAAAAGCGAAAAAGAAAUGAUAAUUCCGGUUCGGAUAGCACGACUGAGGAAGAAUUGGAUAAAGAUACGAAUAAAAAGAAGCUUAAAAGUGUCUUAAUAAGGAAUGACGGCGCGUCUUCGUCUGCAGGUGCUCUUGUUCCGACAGCUGAUUUUUCUUAUGCUGAUGACUACUCGGACUCGAUAUCAAGGAUAUCUAUGUUACCGCCAAUCGCGCCCGGAUCGUUUCACGCGCUUAGGAUGCCUAUGAGGUAUCCGGGAGUGCAAAUGUUCAGACCAAUGGGAUAUUCAUCGAUGCAUCAUUAUCCCAGGCGCCGGGGAGGAUACAUGCCCAGAUGCGACAUGAACUCAUAUGCACUGAACAAUCCUUAUUUGUACAACGGACAGUAUUACGAGUAUUUCACGCAUCUGGUGAAUCGAGAUUUGGAACGGCGAGACUCAAGGACGGAUCGCAGAUCGACCGGUAGAUCAGCCUCGAGAACGAAAACGAGGACGAAGUCGAGAACCAAGUCCAGGAGCAUCUCCAGAUCGCGUAGCAGGCGACGCAGCGGUUCGCGUUCCAAGAGUCGCGGCAGAAGAUCGAAGUCGAAAUCUAGAUCACGUUCGCGUCACACCAGAUCGCGGUCCAAAAGUCGGUCCAAGUCGCGCAGCCGCCGCAAAUCGGCGAGUAGAUCCGUCUCAAGAAAAAGAUCGAGUUCCAAGCGCAAGAGCAGCACCAGAUCGCGCAGCAGAAGACACAGCGGCUCGCGCAGCAAAUCGAGAUCAAAAUCCAGAUCUCGUCGCUCCAGAUCCAGACGAAAAUCGCGCUCCAAGAGUCGUUCCAAGAGUCGCUCCAGAUCCAGAAGAAAAUCGCGCUCCAAGAGUCGCUCCAAGAGUCGCUCCAAGAGUCGCUCCAAGAGUCGCUCCAAGUCUCGCAGCAGCCGUUACAGAAGGAGGCGCAACGGAAGAUCUACUUCCGUUAAAGUCACGCGUGCAAGAUCGCGAACGACGUCGCCCAAGCGGAGGUCGCCCAGCAGAUCCUGGUCUAUGCCAAAGUCUCCAGGUCAAAGAAGUUGCUCUUGGUCGGGAGAUGCGACUAACACUAAUGAGAACGUGAAUAAUACUAUCGGACAAGAAGCGAAAACAGCGGAACUUUAGAAGGAAGCGAAUUGAGAUGUCUAUGAUUUUAAAAUUUUUUAAAUUAAAAUAAAAAUUUUUUAAUUUAAGUUAAAAUUUUCUAAAAAGAAAAAAGUUUUUAAGUUCUGCUAAGUUAAAGAUUUGAAUUAAAGUGAGUUCAGUAAAUCGAAGCGAAAACUGAUCUGUGGAUAUUCAAUAGAGAUUGAUAUAUUUAAAACAGUGCAAAUUUCGGAAAGUAUUUCAUAUUAAUCUAGCUUUCUAUUUGUACAUAACUUGUAAAUAAUGACAUUAUUAUGCAGCUUUUGUGGAUUUUUAUUUUAGUUUAAAUUAAACUUUGAAGAUGAGUUUUUGUUCUAUGUAUUUCUUUGUAUGACAUUUAUUUGAAUAUUCAGGUAUAAAUUUUACCGGUGAUUUAGACGAUUUUUUUAAUAUGAAAAUAUUUUGUAUUGUAAAAUAAAUAUAAGCUUAUUAGUUAAGUAUUACGGACAUAUAAAAAUAUGUAAAAAAAAUACUUUGUGAAAGUUAGUAGCCAGGAAAAGUAAUCCAAAUUAUUUAUUUUCUUAAAUUGCAGAAUUUUUUUGAAAAUACUACUUUGUACUAAGCGAAGAAAAAGAAAGGCUAUGUUAACAUACAGUGGUGCAAAUAAAAAAUAACUCAUAUAGAUUAGAAUAUUUUCAACUAGCUAAUUAUAUUUCAUAUUCUUAUUGAGAUUACAAUGAAAUCAAUCUGAGAAAAGUGAAAUAAAAUAAAACAUGUUUGUAAAGAAAACUUAUUCAGUUCAAUAUAUUCGACUUUGUCUUUUUUCGACUUUA